AAUCAUCGAAUACCAUCUGUUCGAUAUUUGAAGAAAUAAUCGAACGAAGAAAUAAGUUUACGACAUUUGAAAUAUUCGUUCGACUUGCAAAUCGAAAUUUUGCCAAAAAUGGCACUGAAUUACAUUCGACAAAUAGCAAGGACUUCAUACUCUAUUGGGAGUAUAUCGAAAAAAGUCCAGAGAACGAUAAGUACGAGUAAGCCUCUGAAAUUAGGAAUGAUACCUAUAGUUGUAGAGCAAACUGGUAGAGGUGAACGAGCUUACGACAUUUACUCGCGACUUCUUCGGGAGCGUAUUAUUUGUCUUAUGGGACCUAUUAACGACGACAUAAGCUCACUGAUCGUGGCGCAAUUGCUAUUCCUUCAGUCAGAAUCGAGUAAAAAACCCGUACAUUUGUAUAUCAACUCUCCUGGUGGCAAUGUGACUGCUGGGCUGGGUAUUUACGACACAAUGCAAUACAUAACUCCUCCAGUAGCUACAUGGUGUGUUGGGCAAGCUUGCAGUAUGGCAUCACUACUCCUAGCAGCUGGAGCUCCAGGCAUGAGACAUGCGCUUCCAAACUCCCGUAUCAUGAUCCACCAGCCUUCUGGAGGUGUGAGAGGUCAGGCCACAGACAUACAGAUUCAAGCAGAGGAGAUUUUGAAGCUCAAGGCACAGAUAAACACUCUGUAUGUUAGACAUACUGGUUUGCCACUAGAAAAAGUGCAGAGUUCUAUGGAGCGGGAUCACUUCAUGUCACCGACUGAGGCAAAGAGUUUUGGUCUUAUUGACAAUGUUCUGGAGCACCCACCAUCUCAUGAUAUGGAGCAGCAAUGUGCAGCUGGUGCUACUGUGCCCACAGGAGUAGUCCCACCCCUCAACCCAGCAACUGCUUAA